AUGCCUGCCAAGUUAUUGUCAAUUCAAAGCCAUGUGGUCUCUGGUGUCGUUGGAAAUAAAGCUGCAACAUUACCGAUCAAAAUGAUGGGAAUCACGGUUGAUGAAAUACAUACAGUUCAAUUUAUCAGUGGUAAAGUAUCUGGGAUCACACUUUCAGGCCAUGAACUCAAAGAUAUCUAUGAAGCACUUACAGUUAACAAAUUAAGUGACUAUUCACACCUUCUGACAGGUUAUAUACUUAAUAGAACACUCAGGUAUGUCCCCGAAGAAUUGCUAGAAACAUAUAUAAAACAUAUAUUGCCUCUUGCUGAUGUAAUAACGCCUAAUCAUUUUGAGGCCGAGUAA